AUGUACUUUGUCUAUCAGCACGCUGAUGAAGUCAGUUUUGAAAGAAUUGUAAGUUUUUGGAUACAUACAUCUGGUGUUGGAAAGUUAUGGCAAAUUUUAGGUGAAUGACUCAAAUUUCAAGUCAGCUAUGCAAGUGAUGAAUAAAGAUAGUCUGAUCAUCAUAUUAAACAAACAUGCACUAAAUAUGACGUUUAAUUGGCUAUGCAACACUAAAAAUAUGGAAGGAGUUCAUCAAAAUAUAAUUGCUAUCAGUUUGGACAAAGAAACAGAAGAUAAACUCAACAAUUAUUGGAAAAAUGUGAAACAAAUCCCACUUCGAGUUGAUAGUUUAAAGGUAAAUCAUAUUUUCAGUCUGUAUUUAUUCUUUAUUUAUUACAGAACCCUUUUAAUUAUGGAGAUGGCCAAUAUCAACUGUUCUAUUUAUUGCGAGCAAAUCUCGCAAGAAGUUUUUUACAUUACGGAAAAUCUUUUUGGAUGAUUCAACAAGAUACAUUCUGGAAUGAUAAUCUCCUCAACAUCAAUUUGACUAGCUAUGAAAACGCUGAUAUUGUUUUUGACCGAGCUUCUGAAUUAGGCCCUCUUGUUGCUGGAGGAUAUUAUUAUGCAAAGCCCACGGAAAAUGCUAAAUCGUAUUUCGCAAAACUAGCAUCCGAUAUCUCGUGGUGGUAUGUGCCAGAUAAUGCAUAUAUGACUGCGUUAUGUGAAGUUGGAGGCUUGGCAAAUUGUGGCAGAUUACCAUUCAAGUGAGUUCAUCAAUUUUUUUAAAACUUUGUAAAGUUAUUUUUCUAGUACAUAUAAAUGAAACACUCAAAAACUUAUAAUUUCUGUAUAGACUAGUCUUAUGAAGUUUUCUCAUAUCAGUUUGUAUUUGAUGUUUAGUUUGAUCUCUGACAUAAGAAUUGUUUUAAAGUGAUAUGAAAACUUUCGGUUUGAAAAACAAUUUCUUUUAUAAACAAGAUACAUAAAAUCGUUGAUCUUUUUCAAAUACAUCACAUGUGAAUGUAUCCUUGUUCUCUGCAAAUUCAAUAAUUAAUCAAUCUAUUUCCUCAUUCCAGUCUAAUCUCAAACUGGCAAUGGUUAGAUGGUAGUCUCGAAACGCCUCCAUCAUUCAUUCAAUUUGACGGAGAAACGCAACUUGGUGGAAAAUUGGAAAAAGUUUGUUAUCAGUGUUAUAAUACUCAAUAAUCGCCUUAAAUUUCCAGAUGAGACGGAUUGGGUUCUACUUUUUGAAUGACAAUGAUCAAACCACGUGCAACCUUAGCGUUUUAGAGGUGGGUUGGAGAAUUAGGAAUUUUCAACGAAAAAAUCAGAAAAGCGUUGAUAAGAGAGUCCUGGAUCACAAAAAUAAUAGAGCACAAAAAAUCGAAAACAUAUUUUCGCAAUUUAAUUUUUUUCAGGAAACUCGAAGUCGACUUCAUAAUCCAAGUGCUCAAAAAUUGGCAGUUCCAUUAUCUGGAAGUGUGAAGCAAUUCAAAUUCUAUCAAAAUCUUGUUGACACUUUCUACGCCACAAAAAUUGGUGCAAUUUUUAUGAAUCAUUUCGUGCUGCCUUAUGCACAUUUCUGUAUGUUAUCGAUGUAGAAAACGAUGACAAGAAAAGUGUUUUUUCUUGUCACUGACACAUCAGAUAACACUGUCGCCUAUAUAAACCUUCUUAAAAAAUUGUCUAGAGCGUCAAAAUGAAAUAUUUAUUAUUUAUUUCUUUUGUUGUUCUUUGUUUAGUCGAGUUUACAAGUUGUGGAGUUCUUAGGGAUAGCUAUGAAGAAUGGAGUACACACGGUGAUUAUGUGCCACCACCACCAAAAUAUAAAAUGCUUCGAUAUGCGAAAAAAGUUUUGAAUGAACCGGAUAAUCGAAAAAUGUCAUGUUUUGCAUGUACUUUUGGAGUUGAUGGUGUGCAAGCAUUGAUUGCGCAAAAUGCGACGGAUGAGGAAGUUGCGGAAUUUUUGGUGUAAGUUGGUGUGGGAAAAGACUGUAAUUAUACAAAUUACACAUUUACAGAAAAAUACGCAUAACAUUUCUUAUAUUUAUCACAAACAUUUAAAAAAUCAGAAUGCAAAAUAUAGUUCAUAGAAAGAAAAUGUUUAUUUUUCUUUUUAAUUUUUAUUUCCUUUUUUCAGACACAUGUGUGAUUUGUUCAAUGUCGAACAACCACACGUUUGCAAAAACAUUAUUUAUGCUUUCAAAGAUGAAGUCGUCUUUGUCCUCGAAAAAUCAGUCUUCACACCAGAUGAAAUCUGCGGAGCAUUUAUCAGCGAUUGCGGUCAUUCUGACAAACCUCUAACCCAUAUGUGGAAUUUGACUAUCCCUGGAAACAAACCAGCAAUCCGACCAUGGCCGAGAAUACCAGAUAACAAACCAACUUAUAAAGUACUACACCUUUCUGAUAUUCAUAUCGAUCAUCAAUAUGUACCUGGCACAGAAGCAUAUUGUCAAUUGGAUAGUGCACUUGGAACUUAUGCUAUGUGUUGUAGAGAUUAUUCAACAGAUCAACAAGGAAGACCAACUAAUUUUAAAGACAGUAGGUUAUUUGGAAUUCGAGCGCAAAAUGUUUUCAAAAAAUAUUUUUUUCAGAACCAAUUUAUGUGCCAGCCGGGCCAUGGGGUAUGCCAUAUCUUUGUGAUCUUCCAUAUCAAACAUUUGACUCUGCCAUGAAACAUAUCAGCAAAACUGUUAAAGAUGUAAGUUUUCACUAUAAAAACAUUUUGCAAUACAUUGUUCCAGAUUGAUUAUAUUAUUAUUACUGGAGAUUUUGAAGCUCACGACUCUUGGGACUAUACAGAAGAUUUGACAAAAGAGAAUAUGAAUAAUAUGACAAAUGUGUUUUUAAAUUAUUUCCCAGGAAUUCCAGUGUAUGUUUCAAUUGGAAAUCAUGAAGGUGUGCCUCAAGAUGCGAUGGCACCACAUACAAUGCCUGAAUAUGAUAAAAGAGGUCCACAAUGGUUGUAUAAGAUAAUGAGUGAUAUGUGGGCACAUUGGAUUCCAUCAGAGGCGUUGGACACUGUGCAAUAGUGAGUUUCCGGUUUUCUGGGAGUUAGGGUAAUUAUGAAUUUGAAUCUGACCACAGAACUCCGAAUUUUCUUGAACAAAUUUUCUUAAAAUUUGGUUAGAGAACGCCGAAUUUUGUUUAUUUUUAAAAUUUUUCUCCUACUAAACUGUGAAACAAUUUUUAUUCAUUUGAAUGUUUCUCAAUUUCCCUGAAAGAAUUUUUUCAGAGAAAAGAAAAAAUAAAAAAGAAAACGAUUUUCUAAUUGUUGAUUUUUAUGAACGGCAAUUUUCUUUUCUUUUUCACAAAAAAAUUUCCGGUUCAAAUUAGGCUGGAAGUUCAGCGAUUACUUUGAAAUACCAAACAUUGAAAGAAGUUUUUGAUGAAGCAUUGAUUAACAGAUCUUAAUACUGUACAAAUUACAGUCUGAUUUCUCACAACUUAUGUAUUUUUCAGCCGUGCUAGUUACGUUGUUCGUCCAAAAGAAGGUUUGAAAUUGAUAUCACUCAACACAAUUUACUGUUCUGAAUACAAUUUGUGAGUUUCAAUUCAUCCAAUUUAUUUCGAAUCCUUUUUUUUUCCAGUUAUCUUUAUAUUAAUGAAGUUGAUCCAGAUGCAACUUUGGAAUGGCUCAUUGAAGAACUCGUGGAUUCUGAAAAACGCGGAGAAGUUGUUCAUAUUAUUUCACACAUUCCACCAGGUGACAAUUACUGUUUGAAAGGAUGGAGCUUCAAUUUCUACGAAAUUGUGAAACGUUUUGAAAAUACAAUUGCUCAAAUGUUUUAUGGACAUACACAUUAUGAUCAAUUCAUGGUAAUUUAUAGUUUUUUGCGAAAAAUCUUGAAAUGUUCAAAUAUUUCCAGGUUUAUUAUGAUAUGGAAGAUCCAAACCGUCGUCCAUUCCAUUUCAAUUGGAUUUCACCAUCCUUGACAACCUAUGACUUUUUGAAUCCAGCUUAUAGAAUCUAUGAAAUUGAUGGCGGAUAUACUGGAGCUACACAUGUAAGAAAAAUUUUCUUUAUUUUUUUUUUGUUGAAAAAAAUUGUGAUUUCAGACUGUGAAAGAUGCUUAUACUUAUUAUGCAAAUGUAACAGAAGCAAAUCAAAAGAACAAAGAGCCAGAGUGGAAACUUUCAUACAGUACUAAAGUGAGUUAGGAGGGGAGUUGUUGUGUAUCCUGAUAUUCUUAAAUCUAUUGUUCAAAAUUUCUAGAAAUCAAAAAUGUUUAGUUUUGAAAACGAAUACACGUAUUUUUUACUUCCAAAUAUUUGCCGUUUACUAUUCAGGUCCAUUUUUCACUGGAAUUUCCAAAAACUCAUAAAUUAUUUCAAUUGUUUGAAAUGUCAGGUCAAAGAACUAGCUUUUUGGUCACAUAAUAAUAGUUUCAAUAAUAAGUUUCAUAAAUUCAAAGAUCAUAAAUGACAAUUCCCUCGUUUUUUUCCUUGAAGUUUUAACAAAAUGAUAAAUGGUUUUUCCAGGACUUCUACAACAUGCCAGAUUUUUCUCCUCAAUCCUGGAGCGAUUUGAGUGAUCGACUUUGGACAAACACAACAUUAUUCCGAGAUUUCAUCAAAUUAUACUAUCGUAAUCAUUAUAACAAUGAGUGUUAUACAGAUUACAAAUGUCGAUUCGAUUUUGUAUGCAAAAUGAAGAAAAGUCGAAGCUAUGACGAAUCAUUCUGCGAUCAUUUGAAAAAAUAA